GCUGGCUGUGACAGGUGCGCGGACGAGCGCGGCGCUGCGCCCUCUCGGCGGCCCGCCCCCUCCGGGCCUUGCCCGCCAGGGCUCGGGAUGAACUGCGGGCCCCGGCUGAGCGGCUCCGGCUCCUGGCGCCUGUCGCUGCCUCCGUCGCCGCCCAAGAGCGGCCGCCGCCCCUAAGGGAAGGAGGGAGGGAAGCGGCCGCCGACCCUGGGCAUGAGCCGGACGCGGCGUCCGUUGCUGGAAUAAGACGCAGACAUGAACCUGCACCAGGUGCUGACCGGGGCUGUGAACCCUGGCGACCACUGCUUCUCCGUGGGCAGCGUCGGCGACCAGCGCUUCACGGCUUAUGCAUCUGGAUGUGACAUUGUUAUACUGGGAAGUGAUUUUGAAAGGUUGCAAAUAAUCCCAGGAGCUAAACAUGGAAAUAUUCAAGUAGGAUGUGUAGACUGCUCAAUGCAACAAGGCAAGAUUGCAGCAUCCUAUGGAAAUGUUAUCUCUGUGUUUGAACCAGUUAACCUACCGAAGCAAAAGAAAAAUUUGGAAUUAUAUAGUCAAUGGCAGAAAAGUGGCCAAUUUUUUCUGGAAUCAAUAGCACACAACAUAACUUGGGAUCCUGCAGGCAAUCGUCUUUUAACUGGUUCUAGCUGUUUGCAACUGUGGUCCAAUGCUAACUUGGAGAAGCCAACUGAAGAUGAAAAUCCAGAUAAAACAGAUCUUAAUUUGGGGGACUGGAGAUGCAUUUGGCAUUGCAAAACUGCUUCCCAAAUUCAUUUAAUGAAAUUUUCACCAGAUGGAGAAUUUUUUGCCACUGCUGGGAAGGAUGACUGUCUUUUAAAGGUAUGGUAUAAUGUAGAAAACUGGCGGACAGCUGUUACCUCUCCGGAUAAAAGUUCAGAAAAACAAUCCCAAGGAGAAAUGGACUUUUCCUUUAUAUAUCUGGCCCAUCCUCGAGCUGUAAAUGGAUUUUCCUGGCGUAAAACAAGCAAAUAUAUGCCUAGGGCUUCUGUAUGUAACGUGUUGUUGACUUGCUGCAAAGAUAAUGUAUGUCGUCUUUGGGUAGAGACCUUUUUACCAAAUGAUUGUUUGCUCUAUGGAGGUGACUGCAGCCAUUGGACCGAACCAAUUAAUUUAACAAAUAACUUCAAAAGAAAUGCUUCUAGUAAAGAACGAAUUCAAAAUGCUUCAGAUGUCAACCUGAGACAUUUUCGCAGAGGUCGGAGGAGAUCACUUGCCCUUGUAGCACAUACUGGAUACCUGCCACAUCAGCAGGACCCUCAUCGUGUCCACAGGAAUGCUCCCCUGCACGCCAAUGCACUUUGCCACUUUCAUAUUGCAGCCAGCAUCAACCCAGCCACAGACAUUCCACUUCUUCCUUCUAUCACAUCUCUAAGUCUAAGUGACAAUAAUGAGAAGAGUGGGCCUUUUGUGGUACACUGGCUGAACAACAAAGAGUUGCAUUUUACUUUGUCCAUGGAAGUAUUUUUACAGCAACUUAGAAAAAGUUUUGAACAGCCAUCUUCUGAGCCCAGUGUAGAAGACUCUAAUCAGGCAGAUGUAAAAUCCGAUGAAGAAAUGGAUGAUGGUGUUGAUGAUCUGAAAGCAAAUCAUGAAAAAAAGGAAUUGGGCAGUGAUAAAAUGGUACCAAAUUCAAGUUUUGUACCAUUACCCUCCACUGCCAUUGAUCAUCAGAUUGAAGUACUUCUGUCUGAAUGGAGUAAAAAUGCAGACAUGCUAUUCAGUAUUCAUCCCAUGGAUGGUUCUUUGCUGGUUUGGCAUGUGGAUUGGCUGGACGAAUACCAGCCUGGUAUGUUUCGUCAAGUCCAGGUGUCCUUUGUUUCCAGAAUUCCUGUAGCUUUCCCCACAGGUGAUGCAAACUCUCUCUGUAAAAGCAUAGUGAUGUAUGCCUGCACCAAGAAUGUUGACUUGGCUAUUCAGCAAGGAAAACAAAAACCUUGUAGUCUCACACGGUCCACAUCAAUGCUAAUCUCCUCUGGUCACAGUAAAUCAACUAAUAGUUUAAAAUUAAGUAUUUUUACCCCUAAUGUUAUGAUGAUUUCAAAGCAUGCUGAUGGCUCUCUGAAUCAGUGGCUGGUCAGUUUUGCUGAAGAAUCUGCUUUUUCUACAGUUCUCAGUAUUUCUCAUAAAUCCAGAUAUUGUGGUCAUCGGUUUCAUCUUAACGAUUUAGCUUGCCAUUCAGUAUUACCAUUACUGCUGACGACGUCACACCAUAAUGCACUAAGGACACCGGAUGUCGAUAACCAAAAGCAACCUCAUGAUCCCGUAUAUAUUGAAGAAUGUUCUUUGGCACAACAGAAUAAAAGCAGCGUUGAUGUGACAUUUCAGGAUCCCAAUGCAGUUUAUAGUGAGCUUAUUCUUUGGAGGGUUGAUCCCGUUGGGCCAUUGUCUUUUUCUGGAGGUGUUUCUGAACUGGCCCGGAUUAAUUCUCUACAUGUUUCUGCAUUUUCCAAUGUGGCGUGGCUGCCCACUCUUAUACCCAGCUACUGUCUAGGUGCAUACUGCAACUCUCCUAGUGCAUGCUUUGUAGCAAGUGAUGGGCAGUAUCUGAGAUUAUAUGAAGCUGUUAUCGAUGCCAAGAAACUUCUAUAUGAGCUUUCCAAUCCUGAAAUUUCUAAAUAUGUUGGUGAAGUGUUUAACAUAGUAAGUCAGCAGUCAACUGCCAGGCCAGGAUGCAUUAUCGCAUUAGAUCCCAUUACCAAACUUCAAGGCAGAAAAACCCAGCUGCUUCAUGUUUUUCAAGAAGAUUUCAUUUUGAAUAACCUCGAGAAGAAAAGUCUGGGAAAAGACAGAAUAUUGUCUGAUUCAGGCAGCUCACCUAAUGGAUUUUCUGAGAAAUUCUACCUAAUUGUAAUAGAGUGCACCCAAGACAACCAAUCAUUGUUACACAUGUGGAAUUUACAUUUAAAGUCUAUUCCUGUCUCAUUAGAUGAAAAAGUAGAUACAAAAAUAACUGAAGCAGUUUGGCAACCAGAAGAACAUUAUUCAUCUUCUCCAGAGAAGAUCCUGUCUCCUUUUUCACAGAAGUAUCAGGCUUGCAGAGCAAAUCUCCAGAGUACCAGCAAGUUAACUCUGUCUUCAGAAAUGGUUUAUAGCCAAGAAUUGAAUUUGCCAGAAGGAGUUGAGAUAAUAAGUGUUAAGCCAUCAGCAGGACAUCUGAGUUCUUCUUCCAUAUAUCCUGUGUGCAGUGCUCCUUAUUUAUUGGCAACUUCGUGCUCGGAUGAGAAAGUAAGAUUCUGGAGAUGCAGAGUAACAGAUGGAGAAUCUGCCACAUUGAAGAAUGGAAAAAUGGAUCUUGUAUACAUUUGGGAAGAAUGGCCGUUACUUAUUGAGGAUGGACUUCAUAGCAAUAGUAGUAUAACCGUCCCUGGUAGGCCUGUAGAAGUUAGCUGUGCACAUACAAAUCGGUUAGCAGUAGCCUAUAAGCAGCCUGCAUCUAAUAGUAGGUCUUCUCAGGACUUUUUGAUGCAUGUAAGCAUUUUUGAAUGUGAGUCUACAGGAGGUUCCUGUUGGGUCCUUGAACAGACAAUUCAUUUAGACGAAUUAAAUACAGUGUUAGAUUCUGGCAUUAGUAUUGAUAGCAACUUAGUGGCUUACAAUAAGCAAGAGGUGUAUUUCUCCAGUAAAGAGAGUAUCACAUCCAACACAAAGCAUUUAGUUCACUUAGAUUGGAUGUCCAGAGAGGAUGGUUCUCAUAUCCUCACUGUAGGAAUUGGAUCAAAACUUUUUAUGUAUGGACCCCUGGCUGGCAAGGUACAAGAACAGGCUGGUAAGGAAAGCCUCGCAUUUCCUCUCUGGGAAAGCACUAAAGCUGUGCCUCUUUCUAAAUUUGUGCUAUUAAGAAGUAUGGAUUUGGUUUCUUCAGUAGAAGGCUCUCCACCUUUUCCUGUUUCUUUGUCAUGGGUCCGGGAUGGCAUCCUGGUGGUAGGCAUGGACUGUGAAAUGCAUGUAUAUUCCCAGUGGCAGCCAUCUUCUAAACAAGAACCCGUUGUCACAGAGUCCUACAAUGGGAGCACUCCAUCUAUAAUAAGUUUAAUAAAACAGAGUAACUCAUCAAGUUCUGGAUUACAUCCUCCAAAGAAAACUCUGACUCGAUCCAUGACCAGUCUUGCACAGAAAAUCUGUGGAAAGAGAACUGCCUUUGAUCCUUCUGUGGACACAGAAGAUUCAGGUCUUUUUGAAGCAGCUCAUGUUCUUUCCCCAACUUUACCUCAGUACCAUCCUUUGCAGCUUUUAGAACUCAUGGACCUUGGCAAAGUUCGGAGAGCGAAGGCCAUCUUGUCGCACCUUGUCAAGUGCAUUGCUGGAGAGGUUGUGGCUCUGAAUGAAGCCGAAUCCAACCACGAGCGCCGCCUUAGAUCUCUCACCAUCAGUGCUAGUGGAAGCACUACCAGAGAUCCCCAGGCUUUCAACAAAAGUGAAAAUACAGAUUAUACAGAAAUAGAUUCUGUCCCUCCGCUUCCUUUAUAUGCCUUACUUGCAGCAGAUGACGAUAGCUGUUAUGCGUCUUUAGAGAAAUCUAGUAAUCAAAGUACUUUAAACAACUCAAACCAGUUGUCAAAAGAAAGUUAUGAUGAGCUUUUUCAGAUCCCAACUUUAAUGACUGAUAAUCACGUGGUAGAGACAGAUGAAGAAAACACAAAGCCCAGGGUUAUCGACCUUUCACAAUACAGUCCAACUUACUUUGGUCCUGAGCACGCUCAGGUUCUCUCUGGCCACUUACUUCAUUCUAGUUUACCAGGACUCAGCCGGAUGGAGCAGAUGUCUUUGAUGGCCUUAGCAGACACAAUCGCAACUACCAGCACUGAUAUCGGAGAAAGCAGAGACAGAAGCCAAGGUGGAGAAACUCUCGAUGAAUGUGGGUUAAAAUUUCUUUUAGCUGUUCGACUUCAUACGUUCCUUACAACUUCCCUUCCAGCUUACCGAGCUCAGCUCCUUCACCAAGGCCUGUCUACUAGUCAUUUUGCCUGGGCUUUUCACUCGGUAGCAGAGGAGGAACUGCUGAGCAUGCUGCCGGCCAUGCAGAAAGAUGAUCCCACCUGGUCGGAACUGAGAGCCAUGGGCGUGGGGUGGUGGGUCCGGAACACCCGCACCUUACGCAAGUGCAUAGAAAAGGUAGCUAAAGCAGCCUUUUAUAGAAAGAAUGAUCCUUUAGAUGCUGCCAUUUUUUACCUUGCAAUGAGAAAGAAAGCUGUGAUUUGGGGCUUAUAUAGAUCCCAAAAAGACACCAAGAUGACACAGUUUUUUGGACACAAUUUUGAGGAUGAGAGAUGGCGUAAAGCAGCUUUAAAGAAUGCCUUUUCUUUGUUAGGCAAACAAAGAUUUGAACAUUCUGCAGCAUUUUUUCUUUUAGCUGGUUGCCUCAGAGAUGCAAUUGAGGUAUGUCUUGAGAAACUGAAUGACAUUCAGUUGGCUCUUGUAAUAGCAAGACUCUACGAGUCUGAAUUUGAUACAUCUGCAACAUAUAAAUCUAUUUUACGUAAAAAAGUUUUGGGAGUUGAUUCUCCUGUCAGUGAACUCAAUUCAUUGAACAUAAGUAUGCAUUAUGAUCCUUUUCUUCGGAGUAUGGCAUAUUGGAUUUUGGAAGAUUAUAGUGGUGCUCUGGAAACAUUAAUAAAGCAACCAGUCAGAGAGGAUGAUGAUCAAGUCAUGAUGUCAGCCUGUAAUCCUGCAGUUUUUAAUUUCUACAAUUAUCUAAGAACGCAUCCUCUGUUGCUGAGACGUCAUUUUGGAUCAUCUGAUGUAUUGUCUACACACAUGAGUUUAACGGGAAAAAGUGGACUGGCAGGAACAAUCAAUUUAACUGAAAGAAGAUUAUUUUUUACUACUGCCAGUGCUCAUUUAAAAGCUGGCUGUCCUAUGUUAGCUUUGGAAGUAUUAUCAAAGAUGCCAAAAGUCAUCAAGAAAACAAAACCUUUUUGUAGAACAUCGAGUUUUCUGGAUACUAGUAAAGACUAUUCUCCUUCUUCUCCAGUGAACUUGGAUGCAAGGGAAGAUAAGUCUUCUGCUGUUGAUUGGUCACAGUCAGUGAUGAAUGGUUUUGGAUCUUCUUCAGAGGGUUCCUCAGAGAAGCAGUCAAACUCCACUCUUUCUUUUGACUGGAGCCAACCAAGCAUUGUAUUUCAGGAUGACUCUUUAGAAUUAAAAUGGGACAGUGAUAACGAUGAAGAAAAUGACGAUCUCCCUAUCUCAAUGAAAGAACUGAAACCUUUACAGAGAAAAACGGUGAAAAAAGUAGAUGAAACAAGUUCUAGUUAUACAGACACUCUCAGCACACUAGAUGAAAAUGAUAUUUUGAGUCCAUCAGAAGACAUAAUUGCAGUUCAGUUAAAAUUUAGAGCAUGUUUAAAGAUUCUCACCGUAGAACUUCGUACUUUAUCUACUGGCUAUGAAAUAGAUGGUGGAAAAUUGCGUUACCAACUCUACCACUGGCUUGAAAGAGAGGUAAUAGCUCUUCAGAGGACCUGUGACUAUUGUUCAGAUGGAGAAGAAUUACAGUCUGCCCUGGACGAAAAUGGAGAUGGAUUUGGAUUAAAUGAAGAUUCUGAAGAUUUGCUUCAGCAAACAAAAGUGAAACAACUGAGAGAAAAUUUUCAGGAAAAAAGACAGUGGCUUUUGAAAUAUCAGUCACUAUUGAGGAUGUUUCUGAGUUACUGCAUACUUCAUGGGUCCCACGGAGGGGGUCUUGCAUCUGUGAGAAUGGAGUUGAUUUUGCUUUUACAAGAAUCUCAGCAGGAAACAUCAGAACCCAUAUUUCCUAGCCCUCUGUCAGAGCAAACCUCGGUACCCCUCCUCUUUGCUUGUACUGCCAGUGCCAAAACAGUAGUUGCCAAUCCAUUACUGCACCUUAGUAACCUUACACAUGAUAUUCUGCAUGCCAUAAUAAACUUUGAUUCACCACCCCAUCCUGACAUCCAGAGCAAUAAGGUAUAUGUAAUGCAUACUUUAGCAGCCUCACUUUCUGCUUGUAUUUAUCAGUGCCUUUGUGGUAGUCAUAACUACAGUUCAUUUCAAACAAAUCAGUUUACUGGAAUGAUGUAUCAGACAGUAUUGCUUCCCCAUCGACAUUCUUUGAAAACAGGAAGCUUAGACGAAGCAGUAACUCCUAAUACAGCACCAGCACAAUGGCCAGGCAUAACUUCCCUAAUUCGACUUUUGAAUUCUUCUGGCGAGGAAGCCCAGUCAGGGCUUACAGUUUUACUCUGUGAGAUUCUCACAGCAGUGUAUCUUAGUCUCUUCAUCCAUGGCCUGGCGACACAUUCUAGUAACGAACUAUUUCGGAUUGUGGCCCAUCCUCUAAAUGAAAAAAUGUGGUCUGCUGUGUUUGGUGGAGGUGCGCAUGUUCCCAGCAAAGAACAGACACACUCAAAACCUUUACCUGUUUCUUCACUUGUGGAAGAAGGAGAGAAACAGAACAAACGUUUUAGGCCAUCAAAAAUGUCUUGCAGAGAAUCUGCCCCACCAACCUCUUCCUCAUCACCAGUCAGCCAGGACUUACUGACAGUCAAAGAGAAGUUCAUCCCACCGGAGCUCAGUAUCUGGGACUAUUUCAUAGCCAAGCCUUUUCUCCCUCCUUCCCAAAGUAGAGCAGAGUAUGAUUCAGAAGAGAGUCUGGAGAGUGAUGAUGAUGAUGAUGAUGAUGUUUUAGCUUCUGAUUUCCAUCUGCAAGAGCAUUCUAAUUCAAAUUCAUAUAGUUGGUCAUUGAUGCGCUUGGCAAUGGUGCAGUUGGUACUCAACAAUUUGAAGACUUUCUAUCCCUUUGCAGGUCACGAUCUUGCAGAACUUCCAGUUAGUUCACCACUUUGUCAUGCGGUUCUGAAAACUCUUCAGUGUUGGGAACAAGUUCUUCUCCGACGACUUGAAAUCCAUGGUGGGCCACCUCAAAACUAUAUCUCAAGUCAUACCUCUGAAGAGAGUGUGUCUGCAGGCCCUGCAAUUCUCCGCCAUAAAGCUUUGCUGGAACCUACAAACACUCCUUUCAGAUCCAAACACCAUCUGGCACUGUCUGUGAAGAGACUUUGGCAAUAUUUGGUGAAGCAGGAAGAAAUUCAGGAAACUUUUAUCAGAAAUAUAUUCACGAAGAAAAGAUGUCUAAAUGAGUCAUUAGAGGACAACUGUGAAACCAUCAAAAAUUCUAUGAUGGAGGAGCCAAACAUCAAUAAGAUAGAAGCAGACUUGGGAUAUCCUGGAGGUAAAGCAAGGAUUAUUCACAAGGAAUCUGAUAUCAUUACUGCCUUUGCUGUUAAUAAAGCAAAUAGAAACUGCAUAGCAAUUGCUUCAAGCCAUGAUGUUCAAGAGCUGGAUGUUUCUGGAAUUCUGGCUACACAGAUCUAUACUUGGGUAGAUGAUGAUACUGAAAUGGAAAACAAAGGAUCAGAAGAUUUCUUGGUUAUACAUGCUCGGGAUGAUUUAACAGCUGUGCAAGGUACAACCCCAUAUACACACAGCAAUCCCGGCACUCCGAUCAAUAUGCCAUGGCUUGGAAGUACACAGACCGGCAGAGGAGCCUCUGUGAUGAUUAAGAAAGCCAUUAAUAAUGUCAGAAGAAUGACUUCUCAUCCAACUCUUCCGUACUAUCUGACAGGAGCUCAAGAUGGAAGUGUCAGAAUGUUUGAAUGGGGCCAUUCUCAACAAAUAACCUGUUUUCGAUCUGGUGGCAAUUCAAGAGUUACAAGAAUGAGAUUUAACUAUCAAGGAAACAAGUUUGGAAUAGUUGAUGCUGAUGGAUAUUUAAGCCUGUAUCAGACAAACUGGAAAUGUUGUCCAGUAACUGGAAGCAUGCCUAAGCCAUACCUGACCUGGCAGUGUCAUAACAAAACAGCCAAUGAUUUUGUCUUCGUUAGUUCCUCCUCUUUGAUAGCUACAGCUGGUCUUUCAACUGACAAUAGAAAUAUAUGUUUGUGGGAUACUCUUGUGGCACCUGCCAAUAGUUUAGUCCAUGCUUUUACUUGCCAUGAUAGUGGAGCUACUGUUUUAGCGUAUGCUCCAAAACACCAGCUACUAAUAUCAGGUGGCAGAAAAGGCUUUACAUGUGCAUUUGACCUUCGGCAACGACAGCAGAGGCAGCUUUUCCAGAGCCAUGAUUCUCCUGUCAAAGCCAUUGCCAUUGAUCCAACAGAAGAGUACUUUGUUACAGGAUCUGCUGAAGGCAACAUAAAGAUUUGGAGUCUGUCUACCUUUACUCUUCUCCACACUUUUAUCAAUGAACAUGCUCGGCAGUCCAUUUUCCGGAACAUUGGAACUGGAGUGAUGCAGAUUGAGACAGGGCCAGCAAACCACGUGUUCUCGUGUGGAGCCGAUGGUACAAUGAAGAUGAGGAUACUGCCGGAUCAGUUUAGCCCACUAAAUGAAGUGUUGAAAAAUGAUGUGAAAUUUAUGCUCUGA